AUGACUGUCGUUCGCGCUGCCCUCCUCGGCUUUGGUACCGUCGGGCAAGGUAUCUACAAGAUAGUGCAGCAGCGCCGUGAGCAGCUCAAGCAGAAGCUUGGCGGCGCGGAGCUCGUCAUCGUAAAAAUUCUCGUGCGCGACCUGCGCAAAAGAAGUCGCGUCUUGCCGGACGGCUACGCGAGCGAUGCGAAGUUGUUCACGAACAACAUCGAAGACGUCUUCCGCGCUGACGUGCAGGUCAUCUUCGAGGCGACUGUGGGCGAGGAGCCGGCUUUCACGUACCUACAGCGUGCCAUUGUGGAGCAUGGAUGCUCGGUGAUAACAGCGAACAAGGUGAUGUUCGCCCGGUAUGGCGCUACCCUGCAGGAGCUGGCCGCCUCGUGCACCCCGACAUCGUCGUUUCCGGCGACGCGGGUGUAUGUCGGCUUUGAGGCGACGGUUGCCGCCGGCGUCCCGAUCAUCAAGACGCUGCAGAACAUGUGCCACGUCCAGCAAGUGCGCAAGAUCGAGGGCAUCGUCAACGGCACGAGCAACUACAUCCUCACGGAGCUGCGCGAGUACCCAGAGAAGUCGUUUGAAGAGGUGCUGAAGAAGUCGCAGGAGCUUGGCUACGCAGAGGCGGACCCCACCAACGAUAUCUCCGGGCACGAUGCCUUCAUGAAGCUUCUCGUGAUGGUGGCCAUCGCGUUCGGUCAUCAGCCGAGCCGCUCGACCGUCCCGGUGACGGGCAUCGACACUCUCACGCCGGAAAUGCUGCAAGACGCGAGGGCGAAGGGGCUGCGCUACCGCCACGUGGUGAGCGCUGCGAUGGAGGGGGCGGCGACGUCGUCUUGUGCACUCAAGUCGUCAGCGGCGGAGGGAGAAGAGGCUCAGCCACGUACACCGCCGCUGCACGAGCGUCUGACGUGCUCCGUCAAGCCGAUGCUGCUGGGUCCGGAGCAUCCGCUGUACCACAUGGACGGCACGACGAGCGCCGUGUCUGUGUGGACGGACUACCUCGGCGUCGUGACCAUCUCCGGCCCUGGGGCAGGCAUGUACUGUACCGCCAGUGCCAUGAUGGAGGACUACGCGGUGUGGAUGGAGGCGUUCCGUCGCCCGUAG